AUGUCCUCCUCCGCCCACUUCCCCGACCCCUCGAGCUUCCAACACCAGUCAGACCAGUUUGUUGCUUGGCUGGAAGCAAAUCCAGGCGUGAAGGUCAAUCCUAAGAUUUGCCUGGCAGACUUAAGAUCCACAGGCGCUGGUCGUGGAGUCGUGGCACGUACCAAUAUCCCAGAAGGCGAAGAACUUUUCUCGAUUCCGCGGAAUCUCAUCCUCGCCGUCCAAAACUCGGAGUUGAAGAACCUGCUCGGGCAAGAUGUGGACGCUCUCGGUCCAUGGCUGUCCCUAAUGCUAGUCAUGCUUUACGAAUACUUGCAAGGCGACAAUUCAAGAUGGGCCGCCUAUUUCAGAGUCUUGCCGACGCGUUUCGAUACACUUAUGUUCUGGUCGCCGGCAGAGUUGCAUGAGUUGCAGGCUAGUGCUAUCGUGGACAAGAUUGGUAAACACGGUGCCGACGAGUCAAUCUUGCAGUCGAUCGUACCUAUUGUCCGGGGCAACCCGGGUCUGUUCCCACCUGUCAAUGGGGUCGCCUCUUAUGAGGGUGAUGCUGGGGCCGCGGCUUUGCUUGAACUGGCUCAUAUUAUGGGCUCGCUGAUCAUGGCCUAUGCGUUCGAUAUUGAAAAGUCCGAGACCGAGGAGGAGGAUGAUGUCGAUGAAAAUGAUGAAAGCUACAUGACUGAUGAUGAGGAUGAGCAGCUGCCCAAGGGCAUGGUGCCACUGGCAGAUUUGCUCAAUGCUGAUGCGGAUCGGAAUAAUGCCCGUCUCUUCCAAGAAGAGGAGUGUUUGGUCAUGAAAGCUAUCAAACCCAUCCAGGAGGGUGAAGAAAUCUUCAAUGAUUAUGGAGAAAUUCCCCGUGCGGAUCUGCUACGGCGGUACGGCUAUGUCACCGACAACUACUCCCAGUACGAUGUCAUCGAACUGCCCCUCCGAGAUAUCUGCCUGGCGGCUGGUCUGUCCAACAGUGAUGUCGAGUCUCAGCCAAGGCUAACACUGCCUCAGCUCGAACUCCUCGAAGAGAACGACAUCUUGGAUGAUGGCUACGUGAUUCCCAGGCCAGCACCCAACGCUUCUCUCCAGGACAUUCUUCCCGCCGAGCUGGUCGUCCUGCUCACCACCUUAUCCCUGACACCAGAAGAGUUUGAGCAGCGCCGUUCCAAAAACAAGCCGCCCAAGCCUUCCAUGGAGAGCAACCAAGCUAGCUUCCUCUACAAGAUCUUGCAAUCCAAGCAAGCACGGUAUGGCAGCUCUCUUAACGAUGACAUACAACUCCUCACCAACCUUCUCCCUCCAAAUGCCCCCGCCUCGCUGGAUGGAUCUGCCCGUCGCCAAAAGAUGGCCCUGCAGGUACGCAUCGGUGAGAAGGAGGUUCUGCAAGGCGUUCUCGCCAUGCUGGAACCGCUAAUCUCAGGCGGAUCCCUCAAGCGCUCCGCCAACGGUGAUGCGGGCACCAGACACUCGAAGUCUGCGCGCGUGUGA